AUGCCUCUCUACGAACUUAUUUGCAUCGCCGCGUCAUCGGCAGAAUCGGCACCCUUGCGUGAUCUGGUCAAGUCCACAUCCAAGUUGAUCCUGGAGAAUGGCGGUGCGGUUCGAGGUGUUCAAUAUUGGGGGCAACGACGACUUCCACAACGAGCACGCAGACAUCAACAAUACCAUAACACUGGAGAUUACUGGUUGAUGCACUUUGACACCAACGCACCUGUCCUCAAAUCGCUCAACAAUCGACUUCGAGCAGAUCCACGAGUGAUCAAAUGGACUGCACUCAAGCUUGGCGAGAAGCUGGAUCAGAUCACACCAAAGGGAACAUCAGGAGGAAUCGAUUCGAAUUCGGAUGCUCCUGAAGCAAGAGCACUGUUUGGUGGAAAGACGAUACGAUACGGCUGGCAAUAG